GUACAGCAGGCUCAUUAUUCUCGAAUCUAGAAACAAUUGGGGUGGCCGGGGGUAGAUCGGCGCGUCAUUAUUUCUGUGGAGGCACAGAGAAAGGUUGCAUCCAACUGAUCUCCAGCAGCAUUUCUCAGCAGCAGCAGCUCCUUAACUUCCCAAGUCCAACCUCGUUGCUGUUUCGUUUAGAGUCCCUCUGCGGUCGGACAGGUGGGAUCCCCUCUGUGGUUGUUUUGGACGCGUCGUGAGCGGUGCUUUUUUUUUUUUUCUUCCCUUCUUCUUCUUUUCUACUCUGAGUGAGGAUCGAUUGAUCGGCUGGAGAGGCAGAAGUUGCAGGAUCGUCGGGAGGAGUUCACCAGUGAGAGCAGCACUUCAGCACCAAGGACAGAUCCUUUGCAGCUGGCUGACGAACAUGCUCAAAGUGAGCAACAUCUGGACUCGGCUCUUCCUCACGAAGCUCGACGCGCGUUUUGUGUAGAUCACCGAUGCCCGACUGGUGCAGAGGAGACAUCCAGAGAUAUACUUCUUCAAAAAAAAAAAAAAAAGGAUAACACCAGAAAUGCUGUGCUCGGAAGAUUUAACAGUAGUCUGCCUUCGGUCCUCGUGAACAUUCUCCAAUCUCUUGUUUGACCAGCUCAACCCUGCAACCUGAUCCUACCAUGCUGCAUGCAGUGCUCUGCACCAACUGGAAGGUUAGUUUUGCCCUUCAUUGGCCCUUUCAAAUGUUCCUGCUGGAGGUUCUGAUACCCGGGGCCCUGCCAAUCAUCAGAGUACCGCAUCCAGGUAAACGUGAGGUCGUCAUAGAUGGGGACAUUGUGAUUGGGGGCUUGUUCCCUGUGCAUGAGAAAGGUGAAGGGACAGAGGACUGUGGGAAAAUCAACGAGGAGCGGGGCAUCCAGAGAUUGGAAGCCAUGCUUUUUGCCCUCGAUGAGAUUAACUCAGAUGAUCGCAUCCUUCCCGGGCUCCGGCUGGGCAGCAACAUCCUGGACACCUGCUCCAAAGACACCUAUGGUCUGGAGCAAGCCUUGGAUUUUGUCAGGUCGUCCCUCGAUAAGGUGGAUGAUCAUGGCUUCAUCUGCCCUGAUGGCUCCAGACCCAUCGAAAAUAACGUUCCACUGGCUAUUUCUGGAGUUAUUGGAGGAUCCUACAGUGACGUUUCAAUUCAAGUGGCCAACCUCCUACGUCUGUUCCAAAUUCCUCAGAUCAGCUACGCCUCCACAAGUGCAAAGCUCAGUGACAAAUCUCGCUAUGACUACUUCGCCCGCACUGUGCCCCCAGACUUCUACCAGGCCAAGGCCAUGGCUGACAUCCUGCAGUACUUCAACUGGUCCUAUGUGUCGACAGUUGCGUCAGAGGGUGACUAUGGCGAGACUGGCAUCGAUGCCUUCCAACAGGAGGCCCGCGAGCACCAAAUCUGCAUCGCCACGUCAGCCAAAGUGAGUCGCUCCAUGAACCGGCAGGGCUACGAGAACGUGAUCCGCUCUCUGAAGCAGAAGUCCAGUGCUAAGGUGGUGAUCCUGUUCACCCGCAGCGAGGACGCCCGCGAACUGCUGUCAGCUGCUGCUCGAAUGAACACCUCAUUUAUCUGGGUGGCCAGUGAUGGAUGGGGAGCGCAAGAGAGUGUGGUGAGGGGCAGUGAGACUGCAGCAGAUGGGGCUUUCACCAUUGAACUGGCCUCCUACCCAAUCAGAGAGUUUCAAGACUAUUUCACAAAGCUGAACCCAUACACCAACACGAGGAACCCAUGGUUUAAGGAGUUCUGGGAGCACCACUUCGCCUGCAGCCUUCAGGAGGCCAGCUGCAGUGAACGCAGCUUACGAGACAGAACCUUUGAGCACGAGUCCAAGAUCAUGUUUGUGGUGAACGCUGUUUAUGCCAUGGCCUACGCUCUGCAUAACAUGAGGCAAGCAGUAUGCUCCAACACAUCUAAGGGCUGUGAGGCCUUGAAACCAGGUAAUGGAAAAAGGCUCUACAAAGAGUUCAUCCUGAAGACCAAGUUUGAAGCUCCUUUCAGACCCGCGGACACAGACAGCAUGGUGCGCUUUGAUACUAUGGGCGACAGCAUCAGUCGCUACAACAUCUUUAACUACCACAAAGAAAAUGGCAAAUUUCUAUAUAGGAAAGUUGGCUACUGGGACAACAUAUUGAUCCUGAACACCAGCUCGAUACCUUGGUUUGGCGUGGCUACUCCCACUUCCCAGUGCAGUGACCCAUGCAAAAGGAAUGAGGUGAAGAGCAUGCAGCCUGGAGACAUGUGCUGCUGGAUAUGCAUCCCAUGCCAGUCCUACCAGUACCUGCACGACGAGCACACCUGUGCUGACUGUAGUUUUGGUCAGUGGCCGUUGGCUAAUUUGACCGGGUGUUAUGAUCUGCCUGAAGAGUACAUCCACUGGGAGGAUGCUUGGGCUAUCGGGCCUGUUACAAUCUCGUGUCUUGGCAUAAUGUGUACUCUGGCAGUUGUGGGCAUUUUUGUUAAGAACAAUGAAACCCCUAUAGUCAAAGCAAGUGGACGUGAGCUGUCCUACAUCCUCUUAAUGGGAGUUCUCAUGUGCUACAGCAUGACCUUCAUCUAUAUUACAAAACCUUCCACUGCUGUCUGCACAUUGCGAAGACUUGGCUUGGGGACCUCAUUUGCUGUAUGCUACUCUGCCUUGCUAACAAAGACCAACCGCAUUGCUAGGAUCUUUAGCAGUGUGAGAGAUGGAGCCCAGCGGCUGCGCUUCAUCAGCCCGGCUUCCCAAGUGGCGAUAUGCUGUGGUCUCAUCUCCUGCCAGCUGCUUGUGGCCCUUAUCUGGCUCCUGGCUGAAUUUCCCGGAAUCCAGAAGGAAAUUAGCCCGGAUAGACGAGACGUGGUCACCCUCAAGUGUGUCAGCAAGGACAGCAGCAUGCUUGCGUCACUCUCCUACAACUGCAUCCUCAUCAUCCUCUGCACCGUCUACGCCUUCAAGACGAGGAAGUGUCCAGAAAACUUCAACGAGGCCAAGUUCAUCGGGUUUACAAUGUACACCACCUGCAUCAUCUGGCUGGCUUUCCAACCCAUAUUCUUUGUCACUGCCAGUGACUACAGGGUGCAGACCACCACCAUGUGCAUCUCCGUCAGCCUGAGCGGCUCAGUGGUUCUUGGCUGCAUGUUUUUCCCUAAAAUCCACAUCAUCCUGUUCCAUCCCCAUAAAAACAUGGCCACGCUCAGACUCGCGGGCCAACGCCGCAGCACCUGCGUAUCUGCACCGACCGUCGCCCACUUCCCAAGAGGUUUACCUGGCCAAGUUGGAUUUUAGCUGCAUUGUAUGAAGAAACAGUUUCCAACUACGUGCCAGCAGUCUGUAACGGCCGCGAGGUGGUGGACUCCACAACGUCCUCCUUGUGAAGAGGUUCCUCUGAAAGCACAAGAGACCAACCAUCCCCAGCAUCAGCCGUCCUUCCGUCAAACAUGGCCCAUAACUACGACGGGAGCCGUCUCCCUUCCCUGGACACCUCGCAUGUUGCAGAGAGAUAACGGUCAGGGUAGAACGACUGGCAGCGACGAGAGCAACUCUAACUGUGAAAGCUAAAAGAUGUUCAAGCUUAUGUAACAACUGUAAAGCCUUUUUUUUUGUAUAGAUUUUAAACGCUGUGAUCGCCUUUGGUUUACAGAUAGAUGUGAUUACCUGCACCGUGCCUUGUCUUUAAAGAGUCUUAUUGUGACAUGGGUGGUUGUGAAGCAAUAGUGUAAUACAAAAUGCUGUUCUUAUCUAGUCCUAACAGUGUUGUGAAUAUAUCCAAAUGUUUUAGACAUUGUCAAAUAAAAUAAAAAAAGAUGCUUUGAAGUGAUUUUAGCCCUUUUGUUAAAAAAUAAAUGUGUGACUAACCAUAGUGAAUGAUGAAAAGUAGACACUAUAAAGGACAUGUGUUACUGUAGACUAGAUUGAAAGUGUGUUUUCUUGUAAUUAAUGUAAAUAAGAUGUUUUUUAAAUUAAAAACUCAGUUUUACUCGAA